CGAAGCAGCGGCCGGGGAGCGGGAGCAGACAGGCGGCCGACUCCAGCUCGGUGUUUGAGAACGUUUGGCUCCUCCUGCAGCCCUUGGCUGGGAGGAACCCUGAGGAUACAGUGAAAACACAGUUCUGCAAAACAGAGUGCAGUCAAAGCUGAGAAUGGCGACAGCAUUGGUGAGUGCUCAUUCCCUGGCUCCCCUGAAUCUGAAGAAGCAGGGGCUUCAGGCAGUGAGGGAGGAGCACUACCCUCCUUGGGAACAGGGCUUCAAGCUGCAAGGAAGUAGCAAAGGACUUACACAGGAGCUGCUGUGCAGACAAUUCAGACAGUUGCGUUAUGAAGAGACCUCGGGACCUCGAGAAGCACUGAGCCAGCUCCGGGAACUCUGCCGACAGUGGCUGCAGCCCGAGACGCACACCAAGGAGCAGAUCCUGGAGCUGCUGGUGCUGGAGCAGUUCCUGUCCAUUCUACCCAAGGAACUCCAGGCCCGGGUGCAGGAGCAUCAGCCAGAGAACGGGGAGGACAUGGUUAUUGUCCUGGAGGAUUUGCAGCUGGAACGUGGAGAAGCAGGACGACAGGUGGACCCAGAGCAGACAAAGAAACAAAACAUAGCUGUGGAGAAGACAACUGCUCUCACAGCAGUGCAGGAGCAGCAGGUCCAGCCGGAGUGGGAAGCUCCAAAACCUGAGAAAGAGAAGGGUGAGGAGACAAGGAUUGAGAAUGGGGAACUUGCUAUAGUGACAGACUCUUGUGGAACAAUAGAAUCAUCUGGGGAAAUAUCUAAACCCAUAGAGGCUCAUGAUGAGGAGUGUGACUUGGAAAGGCAGCAGGCCAAGACCCAGAAGACCGACUGCAAAUGCUCUGAAUGUGGGGAGGCAUUCAUGCGCCACUCCGAUCUGACUGAACAUGAGCGAGCACACACGAGAGAGAGACCCAGCGAAUCUGAACUGUGUCAGAGUUCUAGUGUUACUGGACAUCAGGAAAUCCUUUCUGGAAAGAAAGGUCAUCAGUGUCCUGAGUGUGGGAAAGUCUUUCAGAGGAGUUCUCACCUUGUCAGACAUCAGAAAAUCCAUCUUGGUGAGAAGCCCUAUCAGUGCAAGGAGUGUGGAAAUGUCUUCAGCCAGAACGCAGGCCUCCUGGAGCACCUCAGAAUCCACACUGGAGAGAAACCUUACCUGUGUAUCCACUGUGGAAAGAACUUUAGGCGCAGCUCUCACCUCAAUCGCCACCAGAGAAUUCACAGUCAAGAGGAGCCCUGUGAGUGCAAGGAGUGUGGAAAAACCUUCAGUCAGGCCCUGCUCCUCACCCACCAUCAGAGAAUCCACAGUCACGCCAAGAGCCAUCAGUGUAAUGAGUGUGGGAAGACCUUCAGUUUGACCUCAGACCUUAUUCGACAUCACAGGAUUCACACUGGAGAGAAACCUUUCAAGUGUACCAUAUGCCAGAAAGCCUUCCGCCUAAACUCACACCUCUCUCAGCACGUGAGAAUCCACAACCAGGAAAAACCUUAUGAGUGCAAUAAAUGCGGAGAAGCCUUCCGGCAGAAGUCCGGUCUUUUUCAGCAUCAGAGAUACCACCACAAAGACAAACUGGCUGGAUGAGGUGGCCUGUGCUUGUAGAGCAUGAGAGAGAAUGCAUUUGACAACCAAACAGCAGUUUAGGGAAAGUUACUCCGACCAACUCUGGCAUCAGAGGAUUCCUGGGGACCAAGCAAGUCCCUCCCCAUUAUUUUCCUUGACAUCAGGUUUGUACAACAAUAAUUUCACUCUGGAUGAUACUAUGGCACCAAAGUUAAACGCCAUUCUCUACCACAGGACUUCUCAGAGUCUUUAACAUGAGAAAUUCAUGAUCGUGUGUUUCUGGAUAGUAGAGAGCCUCCCGACACACAGAGAGCGCUUGCAAGUCAGCAGCAAGUCACAGAUUUUUAGGUUAAAAUGUAACCUAUAAGAAGGGCAGGUUAGUAUUUUUACUUAUGCUAUAGCAACAGAUUCCUAUAAAAUAAAACUAACGAUUUUUAGAAAUUUACCACUCUCAAAAGUAUCUUAAAGUAUAGGUUAAUGGUGAACAUUUCCACAGUCAGUGGAAGCAUUUUGGAAAGCAAACAAUUUUUUGCUGGUUAACUAAAGAACAUGCCCUCAGGGUUAACCUCUUGUUUUACAUUUUUCCACCACCAACCCUGCAACAUUACCUCACUCAUUCAAGUUAUGUCAAAGUUUUAACUUAGACUAUGGAAGAAAUUUCAGGAGACAUUUGAAUGAACUGUGCUGAAUUAAUGCACGUAGCAACUGUCUUACUUGAUGACCCCAGUGCCAGUAGAGUGGCUACUGCAUUGACACUAUUCCAUAACUGCUGGUGAAAGUUGGACUUUUUUCCUUUAAUACUGAUGAUGCAAUUUUAAAAUGUUGCUUGUUUGGAAAUUUUGUAAAAGGUUUGUACAACAAUAAAAUAAAGUCAG